AUGAAAAAGAGUAUCUGUCAAGAUCAAGCGUAUAGUCGUCCUUAUCUAGCUAUUCAUGACUUACGUCGAUGUAUUAAUAUUCAGUUCAAAGUUAAUGAAUAUAACGUUACAGAAAGGAAGAGGUGGUCAACGCUGCCUGCUUAUUUGGAGUAUGGCGAUAAAUACGUAGCGAAACGUGUCCCGGUAAAAAUAAAAGAUGGUGAACCAGUUAAAGUUAUCAAGAAGAUAAGUGAAUCAGAAGAUACAUCAAAAGCUUCAUCAUGUAAGCAAUCAUCGUCAUCUUCCACUAGCAAGUACGAUAGCAAUCUUGCAUCAAGUACAACAUAUCCUGUUGCGAAUACAUCGAGUAUAACAACUGAUCAUGGCUUAUCAAAAACAUAA